AUGGAGUUGGACACUGGAGCCGCAGUAUCCGUUAUGUCAGAAAGGAAAUUUCGUGAACAUUUUCCUGACAAAGUUGACAGUUUGCGUUUACGUACAUACACAGAGGAGGUGUUAAAACCCAAAGGUGUAGCAUGUGUACCAGUUACGUACGGAAAUCAAAGGAAGGAACUUAACCUAUAUGUUGUUCAAAAAGAUGGGCCAUCGCUAUUUGGCCGAGAAUGGUUAGCUCACAUUACCUUGGAUUGGCCUUCUAUCAAAUCUUUGUCAGUUGCAACAAGUAAAGUUUCAGGCACAUGUUCAAAAGGGACAAAACAAAAGUUAUCUGAGAUCUUGGGAAAACAUGGACAGAUUUUCAAGGAUGACAUGGGAACCGUUAAAGGAAUCAAAGCGUCAUUGAAACUGAAGGAAAGUGCACAAUCCAAGUUUUGCAAAGCACGUCCCGUGGCGUAUUCGUUGAAACAAAAAGUUGAAAAGGAACUGAACAAGUUAGUCGACAGUGGCGUCAUUACAAAGAUAGAUUACAGUGAAUGGGCUACACCUAUCGUACCAGUCAUAAAAUCGGACGGUAGUGUUCGGAUUUGUGGUGACUUUAAAGUGACUGUGAACCCUGUCCUUGAAAUUGACCAAUAUCCGCUCCCAAGGAUUGAGGACAUUUUUGCGGCAUUGUCCAGAGGUCAACGAUUUACCAAGUUGGAUUUACGCCAUGUGUACUUACAAAUGACUGUAGAUGACGAAUCCAGAAAAUUAUUGACUAUCAAUACCGAAAAGGGACUGUACAGAUACAACAGAUUAGUAUUUGGUGUGGCCUCAGCGCGAGCCAUUUGGCAGCGCACAAUCGAUACUGUGUUACAAGGGCUGGCCGGGGUAAAAUGUAUAAUGGACGACAUGAUCAUCACAGGGGCGAGUGAAGAACACUUACAAAAUUUGGAAGCAGUACUGUAG